CAUGGCGGUUCACUGUGAAACUACAGCAGCUGGUGCAAAAGUUUUUUACCUUUUCUCCUUUUAUUGUUUUACAUUCAGCUAAGAUGAUGCAACCUGAGUUAAAAGUGAGUUCAAAACCUCCUUUAGCUGCAGCUAAUGUUUUGUUGAAUAAAAGGCAUUCCUUACACGCGUUGGAACCGUGGAGAAAACUGGAAUAUUUUUCCAGACGCGGUAGCCACGAUCUAACUCGAAGGGAAGACUCGAAUUCUUGUGGAAAUCUGAGACUCUUGGACUCGAAAAGUAGGUCGGCAAGUCUUGCUCAGCUUAAGACAAGUGGUCGGACAUUGAGUGCCAGUAAUCUAGCGGCCUUAUCGGAUUCAAAUCUAUCCAUACAAGUUGCUUUGCCUCUGAGGAGUUAUGAACACACUGGAUCAGAGAGCAAUCUUGCAAAGAAAAGCUUUGAGAUGGUUGUGAAACGUUACUAUGACCAGCUAACUGUUGGUUGUGGGAAUAAAGAGUGUUUGAAUAAGUUUUGUGCAUCGAACACUUCGAAUCCAAAACUGAGCUUGCGGAUUUCAAGUUUUGUAAGCAUUGAGUUAGCGACACUUGGGAAAGAAUAUUUUUGUAAGGAUAGUUGUGGAAAACCACUUCAAGCCUUGUCGUUAACUAAUGAACACAAGCCAAUUUCAUUAACCAACGAACAAGAGCCAAUCAGGUCAACUGACAGUCGUAAACAAGUGUCAUCAAUGAUGAGUGAUAAUUUAGUCUUGUUAGGUAAUGAACCAAAACUACCAUUGUUACGAGAUGAUGCUAAAUCAAAAUGGGCACCUAAUGAACAGAAACCAGUGUCAUUUCUGCACAAGUUCUUUAGUUCUUCACCAUUCAAAUUUCUCUUCUCAAAUGAGUCAGUUCAGAAGCCAAUCAAAAAGUUGAGAUCUGGUUCACUAACGGAUCUUCGAAGGAGUGUAACGUUAUCAAAUAGUGGAAACUCAUUCAGCGCAACCAAGGGUGAUAGCUAUUUGAAUGAAAAGAGUCCAAAUUCUAUGUUGAAAUCUUGUGUCAUCAGCUCGAAAGUUCCACCAAUGGAUAAAAGCAAAAUGCAUGAAAAAGCAACUUCACCGACCUUACUUGAUUUGCAAAAUAAUAUUGAAAAUGUGGACAUCAACGAAGCUGAAUUGGAAGAAUUUGAAGAUCAAUGUGUCCUAGAAAUGUCAUCAAGUGACAUCAAGGAACUCUCUCUUACGCACUUUACCCUCGAGAUGUUGGAAACAUCAGUUGCGAAUUAUCAACAUUGUGGAGAUUCCUCAUUUAUUGUCAACACAAUUCGGACUGUGUUCUCAUCACCUGAAGCGCUGAAUGCUAGUUUUCAAAAGACAUUAUCAACUAACACUCUCUCCACAAAGAAGCAUGCAAGUUUUGCUACGAAGAUGGCCACAGCAAAUGAACAUUGUAAACUUGACGUCUCUGCUGUUAGGAAAGCGUAUAAGUUGUUAUUAGCUCUUGAACCAAAGGAAACUUUCAUUCAGCCAUUGCAAAAUUCUGUUGAGAUUCAUCUUAAAACUUUACAGACUUGUAAAUUACAAGAAAAAGAAAUCUCUCAGUUGAUUAUAAUGCUGGAGAAUCCACUUGUGUUGGAGAAUAACGACCUACUGCAAACACUUUGUGGUGUGGUGGAUGACCUGGAGAUAAAGACAAGAGAUACUUUGGUCAACUUCUUGGCAACAGAGUAUGAUUGUCCAAGCUUCCAAAGACUGGUAAAGGCAUUACAGAAGUUACUGAGUUCAAAAGUCCACGUUAACCAGUGUUCAGAAGCACACAUCAUCACAAUAUGUAGCAUGUUGGAGACACUUCACAAGGCAAAUCUUCUAUCACAAAAAAGUGGUCAAAUGCUGGCAUGCAGAAGUGAAUUCUAUAAUCAUGAACUGUCACAGAAACUUGACUAUAAACUAGAGUAUGAGAAAUGGAGAAGACAAACUGGAGACAAUGAAAGAUCUACUGAAAAGCAAUCUAUAAGUGGCAUGUCCAUCUUCAACUUUUCUUUCAUUUUGGAACCAGCUUCAAAGGUUCGUAUUAUGCAUAUCCAUGCAAUGUGUCAGAUGGGUUUGGAAUAUUGUGAUGCUAUCCUGUAUCAGGCUAAGGUACAUCAAGCAAAGAAAGUCUAUGAAAAUGAGGAAAUGCCUGUUGAAGAUAGCAUGAAGUCUGCCAUGAGUCCCUUUCUUGUUUUGAAAAUACAUCGUGAUAAUCUCAUUGAGGAUACCUUGGUUCAGGUUCGACUGAAGGAGAAUGACCUAAAGAAGCCGCUGAAGAUCAGAUACGUAGGAGGUGGGGAGGAAGGACUGGAUCUAGGUGGUUUACAGAAAGAAUUCUUUCAUAUUAUUGUUGAUGAUAUAGUACAGCCGGACUACGGAAUGUUCACAUAUCUGGCAGAUGUGGAAAGGAUGUGGAUCAACUGUAACUCUUUCGAGUCGGAUCUUCUGUUUGAACUAGUAGGGACAUUGCUGGCUCUUGCUAUAUAUAAUGGGAUAAUCUUGGACAUUCAUUUUCCUCUGGUAAUAUACAAGAAAAUUCAAGGCAUUAAGACGGACCUUGGUGAUCUAAAAGAUGUGGAUCCAUCUCUUGCAAGGAGUUUACAAUCCUUGCUAGACUUUGAUGGGGAUGUUCAAAGCACGUUUUGUUACACAUUCCAGAUUUCUCGCACAAUUUUUGGUGAGACUCAUGCUGUAAACUUGAAGAUUAAUGGUGAUGAUGUGAAUGUUACAAAUGAGAAUAGAACAGAGUUUGUUCAACUGUAUGUUGACUAUCUUCUGAACACAAGUAUUGCUCACCAGUUUGAUGCUCUGUCUCGUGGUUUUCAUAAGGUAUGUGAUGUGACAUGUCUUGAACUGUUCAAUCCAGAGGAACUAGAGUUAUUGAUAUGUGGAAGUCCCCACAUUGACUUUACUUCAAUCAAAGAAUCAACCACGUAUGACAACGGUUUUUACAAAACCCAUCCAACAAUUGUCUCUUUUUGGGAAAUCGUUAAUGGCAUGGAUGACAAGACGAAGAAAUCUUUGCUCUUGUUUGUGACUGGCAGUGAUCGAGUUCCUCUUAAAGGCCUAUCAAAUGUCGCAUUUCAAAUUAUAAAACAAGGUGAUGAUUCUGAAAAGUUACCAACAGCUUUGACUUGUUUUAAUCAGCUCAUGCUGCCAGAGUACAGCUCCAAGGAAAAAUUACAAAGUCGACUUUUUCUUGCAAUUCAGAACAGUAAAGGCUUCGGUUUAACUUAAACAACAGGGACAGCUGAACCUCGUAUAUGUAAGUUAACAAUCCAUAUCGCUUGUAA